CAGCCCUCGGCCAGCGGAGGGGCGGGGAGCUCGCGUCACGUGGGCUCUCGGCCUGGGCGGGCUAUUUCUCAUUGCGGCGGCGGCGGCGGCGGCUCGGGGGACCGGGGCCUUUUGUUUGGAGCGGCUGCGGGGGGGCCCCGGAGCGGCGAGGCCGGCGGCCUUCCCCAGCUCGCUUGGUCCCGGCACACCCUCACGGGGGUGGGGAGGCCGCCCCGAGGGCCGGGCCUCGCCUCAGGUGCCGCCGCCCCGCCCUAGGCCCGCCCCGCCCGGCCUGAGGGGAGGAACCGGCUGGGCCUUCCCGCGCGGCCCAGGCGCCUCCGGAGUCGCCGCCACUACCGUGCGUGCUCCGGACCCUAAGCUACCCCAGGUUCCUUCCGCAGACGCCAUGAAGAUCAAGGAUGCCAAGAAACCCUCUUUCCCAUGGUUUGGCAUGGACAUUGGGGGGACUCUAGUAAAGCUCUCAUAUUUCGAACCUAUUGAUAUCACAGCAGAGGAAGAACAAGAAGAAGUUGAGAGCUUAAAAAGUAUCCGGAAAUAUUUGACUUCUAAUGUAGCAUAUGGAUCCACUGGUAUUCGGGAUGUACACCUUGAACUGAAGGAUUUAACACUUUUUGGGCGAAGAGGGAACUUGCACUUUAUCAGAUUUCCAACCCACGACCUGCCAACUUUUAUUCAAAUGGGAAGAGAUAAAAACUUCUCAACAUUACACACGGUGCUAUGUGCUACAGGAGGUGGUGCUUACAAGUUUGAAGAAGAUUUUCGCACAAUUGGAAACCUCCACCUGCACAAACUGGAUGAACUUGACUGCCUUGUAAAGGGCUUGCUGUAUAUAGAUUCUGUCAGUUUCAAUGGACAAGCAGAGUGCUAUUAUUUUGCUAAUGCCUCAGAACCUGAGCGAUGCCAAAAGAUGCCUUUUAACCUGGAUGAUCCCUAUCCACUGCUGAUAGUGAACAUUGGUUCAGGAGUCAGUAUUUUAGCAGUCCAUUCCAAAGACAACUAUAAACGAGUAACCGGGACAAGCCUUGGAGGGGGCACCUUUCUGGGUUUAUGCUGUUUAUUGACUGGCUGUGAAAGUUUUGAAGAGGCUCUUGAAAUGGCAUCCAAAGGUGACAGCACCCAAGCUGACAAGCUGGUCCGUGAUAUUUACGGAGGAGAUUAUGAGAGAUUUGGUCUGCCAGGUUGGGCUGUAGCAUCUAGUUUUGGGAAUAUGAUUUAUAAGGAGAAGCGAGAAUCUGUUAGUAAAGAAGAUCUAGCAAGAGCUACUUUAGUUACUAUCACCAAUAACAUUGGUUCUGUGGCACGAAUGUGUGCUGUUAAUGAGAAGAUAAACCGAGUUGUCUUUGUUGGAAACUUUUUACGUGUCAAUACUCUCUCAAUGAAACUUUUGGCAUAUGCACUGGAUUACUGGUCAAAAGGUCAACUGAAAGCAUUGUUUCUAGAGCAUGAGGGAUACUUUGGAGCAGUUGGUGCACUUCUUGGGCUGCCAAAUUUCAGCUGAAAAGCAUCAGGUUUUUCUCUGCUAAUAAAUGUCAUCCAUGAGGAACUGAAAACCAGAGGCAUUAUUACUGCAUUAUUUGUCACUGGGAACCAAAGGAUAACAGAGUAGCACUAUUCCUGUUGAUUUUUAAAUGUCACAAUGGUAAGCUGCUAAAAGUUGCCAUAUUAAAAGAGGGAGCGCGGUAACGUGAAGUAUUUCUAAUUGAAAUGCUUUCCCUUCUGUAUAUAUCCAGUGUUAAAUCCCUAAAUGCAAUACAGCUUCUGAUUAUUGAGCUUCCUCUUAGAAGAUUUUCUAUUUAUUUUAUGUAGCCAACUAUUGCAGUACUGUAUGCUCAGACACAAAUCUUAAAUUCUCUGAAAUGUUUAGCUCCUGAAGAUAAUUUGAUCUGAAUAUUUGUUACAAGUGCGUUCUGUGUGUCUUGGUUACUAGUAAGUGGAUAGUAACAUACCCUGUAUCAAACUUACUGAAAUGGCUAUCAAAGAUGAUCGUUUUGAUGUGAUUUUAGAAAUGUUAAGGCAGUAUGAAUUAUUCAUUAUUGUAGUUUUCUCAACAUUUCCCCCACCAAAAAAGCAUGUUUAUGUGAUCUUUUCCCAGAAGUAUAAGCUUUUUCAAAUGCCAUAAUUUAAUUGAAACACUAUUGUUAAAUAUUAGCCUGAAUUUUAAGAUGAAUCCUAGAAAAUCACAUAAUUGGUGAUAAUUGCACUUUCUGUAUUUUAUGGUAAUCAUUAUACUUUAAAAAUGUUUUGUAUUUUUUAAUUAGAGGCUUAAUUACUUACUUGAAAAUCCAUUUAAUGAGGUCCCAGAACUAUACUAAUAGAAUAUGGUUUGUGUGCAUUGAUAGAGACCUGUGCUCUUUCUAUACCACAUUUAUCUCGGGCCUGAACUUAGUUAUUUGUUUAAUUAGGUCUGAAACUUCAAAACUAAAGACUUUAUUAUGAACAGCAACAAAAUCACAUUUACUCUAAAGAGAUGUCAUGGAAAUCUAAAAGAUGAAUUGUUUUGAAACUGUAGGGGUCUGAGGCAGUAUUGUAGAAUUAGAAAGGAUCAGUGUUUUAUACAUUCUGGUAACAAAGACUGAAAAUGACAGUACCCUGGAACCACCAACUCUGCCUGCACACCGUGUGCUCUGUCGCAUUCUAAAGCAGUGGUUCUUGACCUUGGCUGGAUUAGAGUUCCAAAAUUUGUAAAUCCUUUUGCCUUGGAAUUUGUUCUCUAUUUUGAAGUCAUUUUUUGUAAUGUUAUUAAUUUUUUCAGAUAUUUACUUUGGCAGUAACAUUUUUGGAGGUCCAGUAGUUGAGCAAAGUUGUUCAAGCCUGUUACUUAAUUGGUUUAAGAAGUAGACUUGCGGAAAAUAUUCACCUCCUUAAACUACCAGUAAAUGCGGAUGUACUUUGAAGAGCUUAAAAAUUGUUCACAUUAUAGGAAGAAAGAAGUAUUAAUAUGUUUUUACGGAACAUAAUUUUGCUCCAUAAAGAACUGUUUGCAGUAGAGGUGCUUGAUAAAGACAUUUCUCCUUACAGUUUUCAAGUUUUGUGCUCAUAUAUUUAAAAUUCAGUUUUAUUUAUAUAAAGAAAUGAACACAUGAAUAGGAGUGAAUAUUCAGAGGGAAAAGCAUGUAAGGUAAUUUUUUUAGAAUUUAGAAUAUUUGGAACUUUGAACUCAUGUAGGGUCAGCAAGUCACUUUGAAAACUUACAAUGACUAAAUGUUUCUUAAUGUUUCCAUUGUUAUGGCUAGGUAUUUCUGUCACAAAAAGUUAUGUGUUCAAUUUAUUUUAAAAUUUUUAUGAUUUGGACAUUUGUACAAAAAGUUCUUAUUUUUAUAUGAUAGCAAUUUCAAGUUUAUGGCAAACUAUAUUAGCAGUUAUAGAUAUGCGGCUGUCUUUAAGAAAGAAAUGGAACGGUCAGAGUCCAUGUAAGUUAAUUUGAUCAAUGCUUUGGUUGAUUUGGGAUUGUGAUUCAUACUUUUUGUCCUUUGAAACUGAAGUUACCUGUUAAAAUGCAUAUACAGUGAACAACCAUUUCACCACUGUUGCUCUUGGCUAUUCUCAUGUAUAAUCAAGAAUUACUGGAGUAAUAAGCGUGAACACAGAGUUGUGAUAAAGACUGCCAAGAUUCUAGUUUUCUAUUACAAUCUCACAAAUCUUUAUAAGCAUACAGUGGUAAAUAGGUUUAGUUUUUUUAGCCCAAUCAGCAUAAUGCCUCAAAGCUCUAUUUCUAUUAGAUUGUACAGUUUAAGAACAUGAAGUGUAAGCCAUAUGUAAUUUUACAUUUUUUUGUAGGCAUAUUUAAAAAGUGAAAAGAAACAGGUGAAAAUCAUUUUGGUUAUAUAUUUCUAUUUAACCCAGUAUAUCUGGUAUGUCACCAUUUCAACAUAUAAUCACUAUAAAAAGUUAUUUAGGAGAUAGUGUAUUUUUUUUUUUUAACCUUUGUCUUUAAAACCAGUGUAUAUUUAUACUUAGGGCACACCUCAGUUUAGGUGAACCACAUUCCAAGUUCUCAGGAGCCACAUUUGGAUAGUGGCUACUGUACUGGACAGUGCAGUUCCAGAACUAGCUCUUCAAAAUGAACACUAUCAUGUAUCCAUUAAAACUUUAUGAAUAAGGGCUUUUUAAAAAGAAUGUUUGAGAGGGGAUGUGGGAAAUGUUAUUUUUUAUGGGGAAAAUAUGGGAAUUUUUUUUUUAAUACAGAAGGAGGUUAAGAAGUAGCUCAUUUGGGGUAGUUUAUUUUAUACAGACUAGCCGUGUUUCUGACCAAUCCAAAAAUGUCUUACAUUGGAUCCUGCCAUUUCAUCAUACUGUAUAUCAUUUUUCCAGUGAUACUGAUAAAGUUGCCCAAGACCCAUCCUGACUGGCCUCAACAAUCUCCAAAAUGUCAGUUUCCUUCACUGAAGCAAAUUUGAUGAUUCCAGUGACUUAAAUCCCCCAAACCUUAUCUAGUUGAACUUUGAGAAGACAAUUUUAAAAGGACUAAAAAGAGACCCUUUUAAUUUUGAGUUCUAUACACACAAGAGAAUCUUCUUUAUAAUUUUUGGAUUUAAUCCAUUCGUAAAAACUGGUAAUAUUUUCAGAUACAAAGAGCACUAUCAGGUUGUUUUGAGGCUUGAUGAACACAAGGUUUAGAACUUUCCACCACCGACCUCCCCCCCCCAAAAAAAAAAAAAGAUUGCCUUUUAACUAGAGACAUUUAGAACUAAUGGCCUUCAGUUCUAUACCCAGUUUCUCCAAAGACACAGUACUAGACUUGCUUGCCUGUCAACAGGGGCAUUCCUUGUUCAGCUACUCUAAAUAGGUGGGCUCUUCGUUUGGGUUAAGUCAGUGCCAUUGCCAGUAAUAUACGUGGCCAUUGACAGUCUUUCAAGAGGUUCAGAUUCUUUGCCAAAUAUUAGACUCUCUAAAGAUUCCUGAGAUUUUUACCUUUGCAUGCAAAUGUGAUUACUGUAUUGUAGGUACCAGUUCCUGAAAGUCCCAUUUCUGUAAGAAAAAUGAUGCAGCUAAAGGCAAAGGUUUUCCUCUGUGUCCAGUGGGACUCUUGCCUUGUAAGAGCAGUCCAUCACAUCUUGCCUUGAUUUCUAAGGUUGCAUUCUUGGGUGGAAAGCUUAGCAAGGCAAUAGUUUCCAGAUAUCCUUUAUAACCACUCUGCUUGUCAUAUGCGAAAAUGUUCGUAUUUUGUACAGUGUAUCUUUUUUUCUGUUGAGCACUUUAUGCUUUUUAGUCUAUUGCAUUUGAGAAAAUAUAGUUUAGAAAUCCUUUCUUAUUUAAAGCCAUGUAAAAACUGUUUAAAGGAUAAUCACCAGAAAAAAAUGAGUGUGUAUUAUUUUGCAUUUAACUCACUGUUUUGUGGUAUGUAUAAGCAAAAUAUUAGAGAUAUAUUGCCUUUUUGUAAUACUCUUUGACCUUAUUUAAGAUGAAUUGCCAGGAAAUGUGAUUUAUGUCCUAUUUUCCUAAUAGGUUUAUUAAAUGUGGGUUUUAUUCUAAUACUGAAGGAAUUCAGCCAGCUUCAUUUCUGUCAUCAGAUCACCUCAGAAAAUAAUGUGCUUUAUCUGUAUUACUGUCUGUUUUCAAUAUUUGAGACAGUAGUGGUCUUAUAUUUUCUGCUGAACCUAGUAAUAAUCAAAGACCAAAAGAAGUAAUUUUUUUCUUCCUUUAAGGUAUUUUUAAUAGUCUAACAAAAAUGAUGGUGGUGUAAAAGGUAAAUCACCCCAGCUUUCUUGACCAUAUCUAAAAUUCUGAGUAAUUUCCACUUCCAAAACGUCUUCAGUCUCUGUUGCUUGUGUUAUCGCUUGUAUAUUUGGUGGAUGUGGGAUCAUAACUUGGUAUUAUAUUAGAAAUAGUGCCAGCCACUGGUCUAAAUUAUUUGAGUGUUAUUUUCUUUCAUUGUAAAAUGAGGGAAUUGAUUUGUUACAAUGGGAAACAACUCAGUUAUCAUCAGGAUCCUGAAAAAAAUUAGUUGCUCCAUUCAUGGUGGCAUUUGGUAAGAAUAAAAUAAUUUGUCGUGUCCUGUUUUGGAGUUAAUUUGAUUUGUAUAUGUUGAUAGAGGCACUAGAUUCUGGAUUCUCACCAAGCCAGUAGAAUGGUAUUAUUAGUUAUUCUCUCAUAAUGUUAUGUUCUUGUCUGUAAUGACCAAGUAGAUAUACUUUAAGUAAUAUGAGGGGUUUAUUUAUAUAUAUUAUUAAAGUGUGUAUGUGUGUGUGUGCAUGCAUGCACACACACAUGGUUGCACACUUUAAGUAUCUGGAAUUUUUUUGUGUUAACUUUAAAAUUAUGUGGAUAUUAUUACAGCUUUUCCAUUGUACAAAAAGAAACAUCCCGCUAGAUUCAUGAAUGUUUGAAUAUUAGAUAUAUUUGGGAUUUUUUAGUGGCCCUUUUCUUUAAGCUGUUGUUUCUUUCUGGUCAUUGUGAGUAGGAAGAGAUGCGGGAUAAACCCCUCCAGGAAUUAGUUCUUUCGUCACAUUUUGUAGCGAAAUUUAUAAAACAAUUUUAAUUACCUCCAGGUGAGUUGAAAUAUCAUGUGUUCUAGUCAUUUACAUCAAAUAUGAAGACCUAAAAUUCUUAUCCUUAGAAUUGUCUGAGAAUAAUCAGAUUGUACAUGGUUCUGACAUUCCCAGCUUAAUAUUUAAAAUAAACAUAGCAAUGAGUGAAUACUGGGACUUCAAGUACUAAAUAGUUGGGCCGAAUGAUGUGUUUGAGGGAAAAUAAUAUUUUUUUUUCCUUAAGAUAUAAAUUCUAGAAAUCUUUAUAUUCUGGCUCUUUGUGUUGUAAGGGAUGAUUUUUCUUUUAAUUUUUCAGUCAUUUUGCUGCAGCUGCCACUAAUUUUGUGUUUAAAAGAACUAUUGAAUAUAUUUUUCAAAGGAGUAAAUGAAGUUAAAAUAAAAGGUUUUGAAUUGUAUAAAAUAUACAACUGAAUUUCUGUUCUGAGAUAUUGCUUUUUUUGCUAUUAACAUCUUUCAUUCAUUGCAUUGCUUACAGUUUCAGUAGCUUUCAGAGAAAACAUUUGAGCUUUUACAUAAUUUGUAAAGUAUACGUAAGUAAUGCAAAUAGUUUGAGAUUAUUUUAGCUUUACGAUGUGUCUCUGAAUCAUGGACAUCCUACUUGGCACAAUCAGUUGUUAUUGCAUAUACUAAGCCAUUUUUAAAUUUACAGUUUUUUUCUGAGAUUUUUUUUUUUUUGGCAAUGUUUAGAAAUAAAAGGUAACCUGAUACACCUAACAUCAAUAUCUUAGUCUCCUUGUCCCAAAUAUAAUUAAUGGAAUUAGGAUGUAAGUCCUGGUAAGACAGUUUUAUUAUUUUUUAUACAUUGUAUGCUUUCCCUUUUUAUUUGAACUACAUUGAGACUUUGACUUUUUAACUGAAGUUGAAUGGCAUUUGUCUUAAUUCUGCCCAGUUAUUGACCAAAUCAUAUGUAGAUGUAUGUUUUAAUUUUACUUAUACAAGCCAUUUCAGUUUAAGUUGCCUUAUUCUAUCUAUCACAUUGCUUUUGUCAAGUCUAAGCUUUGUCAUGUUGGAAUUCUUUUAACACUGAAUCUGUGAUGUAAAAAUGUAUGAUGUGCUACAAAUUUUAUUCAUAAUAAACUAACUUAUAGCCUAUUGUAACCUAUAAAACAUUUCUUGUAAAUUGUCCAGUUUAUUUUCUCGUUUAUGUAUAUUUUCUUAUGUAAAUUUUAAAAUAUUUGCUGUGGCCUGUUCUAUAAACAUUCCUGUGCUCUUCUCCUUAAUGCUUAUUUGCAUGAAAGAAACUUAGGUUUUGCUUGUUUAUAUUGGACGGCCAUUAAGCCAACUUUGGUACUCUCUGCCUUCUUUCCUGUAGUUUAACUUUUUCUAGUUUUGUUCAUAUUCUAAAUAAAUGUUAAAAUCAUUCUUAUUUCCUACUUUCCAAAUAAAUUCUAAGUUGUUUAA